AUGCCCGCCAAGAAGAACGCAGCCCGCGAGCCGGUCCCUUCAGCUGCUGCGACCACCCAAUCCAGCACCACAGCCGCGGGCUCUGUCCCAGCAGCAGCGGCGCCAGUGCCAGCGCCAGUGUCGACGCCUGUUUCCGCGCCAGCAGCGAAGAGCGCCCCGGCCAACUGGGACAAGGUGCUGCAGAACAUCUACCAGUAUUACAUGAACGAAACGCCGCAGCGGACCAAGCUCAUCGACGUCUUCCUCGUCUUCAUCGCCGUUGUGGGCGCACUGCAAUUCCUCUACUGCAUUCUGGCCGGAAACUACCCAUUCAAUGCCUUCCUUUCAGGUUUCGGAGCAACUGUUGGCCAAUUUGUUUUGACGAUCUCCCUGCGUAUACAGACAGCUGCCGCGAACAAGAGUGACUUCCCGGAGGUAUCUCCUGAACGAGCAUUUGCCGACUAUGUUGUUUGCAGUCUGAUUCUACAUUUCUUCUGCGUCAACUUCAUCAACUAA